GUUUUUUACAGAUAGACAGAGAGAUCGACAUAGAUAGACAGACAGGCCUACAUACAAUGAAUGAUUGUUCAUGUUCAUGUUCAUGUUCAUGUUCAUGUUCAUUUCAUGUUUCAUGCUCCAUGCCCCCCAGAAAGGAAAAUGCAGACACAAUCGAAGAAAGAAAAUAAUAAUGAUGAUGAUGAUGACGAUGAUGAUAAAAAUAAAAAUAACAGACACGAGACGUCUAAGCAAACCCCGGUUACUUAUAGGCAAAAGCAGAUGUAUGUUAUUGUGAUUGGUAUUGGUAUUGUGAUUGUGAUUGUCAUUGUCAUUGUAGUUGUGGUGGGGACUGACCGGUAGGUAGCAGUCCGUUGAAUAUGAUUGAUAUGGUGAUAUCUGAUUUAUGUUUGAUGGUUGGUGAUGAUGACGAUGAUGAUGAUGAUGAUGAUGAUGAUGAUGAGAUAGACAACGCAGAAGCACAGGAAAGAAAGAAGACGGAAGGAGAAACAUCCA